UUGAGCGAACUUUUUAGAAAUGUGUGCGCUCGAAACAGGGAAUAACUGCUCUCUACGCGUAAUCUCCGUACUGAAAUCGGGAAAUUUCCGAUAAGACGACAACGAGGACUCGCCAACACUACGGAGAAUCGUCGACGGGAAGGGUUUUAGUGUUUUGGAUCUACCUCUAUUUUUCCCCUCCAAGAUUUUAAGAAAAAAAAUCUUGUCGAAACGAAACGUGGCGUUUCACGUAGCAACAUCUAUUCGAUUCUUGUUGGACCGUCCUCUCCCUCUCUCUCUUUUCCUUCCCUUUGCUCUUUUGGAGGGAAUUGGAAUUUCAUUUGGCGGGAAUUCAAUUCCUUUUGCGAUCUAAAUCUCAUUUGCUUUCAGUUUUUUUGAAAUUACUUGUUUGGAAUCGAAAGGAGAUGUUAUUGAAUUUCUACGUACAUAACAUAAGCAGCUUUUAGGGAAGGGGAAACGAUGGGAGUAUCAGAUAAUUCGAAAGGGCUAAUUCUGGCUGUGGCAUCCAGUGCUUUUAUUGGGGCGAGCUUCAUUUUGAAGAAGAAGGGCCUGAAGCGAGCUGGUGCUGCUGGCACUCGCGCUGGAGUUGGGGGUUAUACUUACUUAUUGGAGCCACUAUGGUGGGCUGGCAUGGUGACAAUGUUUGUUGGAGAAAUUGCAAAUUUUGUGGCUUAUGUUUAUGCUCCUGCAGUUUUGGUGACUCCCCUAGGUGCACUCAGUAUAAUUAUCAGUGCAAUUUUGGCACACUUCAUGUUGAGGGAACGGCUGCAGAAAAUGGGUGUCGUUGGAUGUGUUUCCUGCAUUGUUGGAUCGGUAGUGAUUGUAAUCCAUGCACCUCAAGAACAUACUCCUAAUUCUGUACAAGAAAUUUGGACUUUUGCAACCCAACCAGCAUUUUUAAUAUAUGUAGCAGCUUCACUUUCAGUGGUUUUAGCUUUGAUUUUGCACUUUGAACCUCGCUGUGGACAAACGAACAUAUUGGUUUACUUGGGAAUUUGUUCUCUAAUUGGUUCAAUUACGGUUGUAAGCAUAAAGGCCAUUGGAAUUGCAAUAAAGCUUACAUUGGAAGGGACAAGUCAGAUAGCCUACCCACAGACUUGGUUUUUCCUUACAGUUGCAGUAAUUUGUGUCAUUACGCAAUUAAAUUACCUCAACAAGGCUUUGGAUACAUUCAAUGCAGCAAUUGUUUCUCCAGUAUAUUAUGUAAUGUUUACAACUCUAACUAUCAUCGCUAGUGCCAUAAUGUUUAAGGAUUGGUCAGGCCAAAAUGUGAGUAGCAUAACCUCCGAAUUAUGUGGAUUCAUCACUGUACUGUCAGGCACAAUCAUACUUCAUGCAACAAGGGAAAAGGAACCACCUCCUCCUUUAGGAACUGUGACAUGGUACAUUAACGAAGAUUCUGUUAAGAGUCUUGAAGAACAUUUAAUAAACAUACAAAGUUCGGAUGAGCAAUGAGUAUUUCUGCUUUGAGAUGAUUGCGAAAGGAAGAUGAUCCCUACUGUUGGAGCAACCCUGCAAUCAGUGUUUGAGAGAUGCAUUUUCAGAGGGAGGAGCUUCUUGUUUUUCUGGACAAACUUUGAGAUUGGAAUAGUGGAGUGAUCUUUUUGUAUGCCAUGACAAGCUGUGGGAGGAGGCCCUGAGUCACAGCACAGCUAUCUAAUUUUGGAGCACAUUAGACCCCAAAAACUAUGAACAGAUCCGAGGCUGCUAUAUUAGGAGUAAUACAGAAAAGGAUGUGCAGAUCUAAUCACAGGUCCAAUGAUGCUCCCAUAGCCCAUCAUGAUAUUUGUAAAUGUUGAUGAUUACCUAUUCUCUUCAAUCUAUAGUUUCAAUGAUGCCUUUCAUGAUCAA